AAGAACUCGGAGGAAGGCAAGCAACGAACGUUCCAGCGAAGCCAAACUAAGGCUCCUGCUGCGGAGCGAGGAAUCGCUGCUGCUGCCCCUCCCUGCCACCGCUCCGAUCGCGAUUCUUGUUCGUUGAUGCACAGCGACGAUUCCUGGUGGGCUCGGUCGGUCGGUCAGUUUGUUGGACGGUGUGUGUCGACUUGGUUGCUGCGUGGGGCUUAGGUUCGUUGUUGCGAUCAGGCAGAUUGUGAAGGAAAGGCCGAUCGAAUUGUACUGAUCAGCCAGUCGAGGGAGGUGCCUGAUUAUCGAAAGCGGUGGCGGUUUUUGUCUGUGGGUCGAUCGAUUGAGGGAAAGGGAAAGCUGCGCUUGAUCGUGGUGGUGGUCGAUCCAGGGGUGCUGCUGUUGAGAAAGUGCGGGUUGGAGCUAGGGCUGGAUUGGGGAGCGGAAGCGGUGAAUCAAGAAGGCUCUGCGUGCGUUGUUCACUUGGUGGAUCGAGCGAUCCGUUGGGAAGGCGAAAUUGUCUAUAGGGUGUUUGAUCGGUGGUGGGUUGGUGGGUGAGUCGAGCGAGGGAGGAGUCAUGAUUCACGAGGAAAAGAGUCAUGAUACCUCCGGGGAGUCGAUUUUCGGAACCGGAGGGUCGUCGUCUUCGUCGUCUGAGGAGGGCGGAAGCGGAAGGUUUUACAAUCCCUACGCUGAUCUGUACGGUCAAAGCGAUCUGAAGACUUUGGAGAACCUUUACCGUCUACCGAGCACGCCAGAAUUUCUGUUCACGGAGGAAGAAGCUGUUCAAAGGCGGAAUUGGAGUGAGAAUUUGACCUACUACACGGGAUGUGGGUAUUUGGCUGGAGCGAUUGUCGGUGGAGCCAAGGGACUGUCCGAGGGUUUGCAAUCGAGGGAGGAAGGCGAUACGAUGAAGUUGCGAGUGAACAGAGUGUUGAACGCCUCGGGCCACCGUGGUCGAACGUACGGCAACACCUUAGGGAUUUUGGGACUCCUCUACGCCGGUAUGGAGAGUGGGAGCGGGUACGCCAGGGGAACGGAUGAUGUAUUAAAUAGUGUGAUUGCGGGGCUUGGAACCGGAGCGCUGUACAAAGCUGCCGCCGGACCUCGGACAGCUGCGAUUGCGGGUGCUCUAGGAGGAAUUGCGGCUGCAAGCCUUGUCGCGAGUAAACAACUUACGAAAAGAUACUUGGCUAUCUAAGCUCGACCAUUGGUGGCUUUUCUCUACCAUUGGUGGCUCCGUGGAUUGUUGCAAUUUUUUUCAAGUCAGUGACCGAGUUUAAAUUAGAUGUCAAAGAAAAAAUUAUGAAGAAAACAUUUUCGAGAUCUGCUCAACGGCACGCUCAAGUGUAGGGAUCACUUCUAUGAGUCGUGGCGCUUAAAAUCUCUUCUUCCAGAUUAUGUGGGGCUGCUUGCCGAUCACCCGAUACGUACUUCUGCGGCUCCUCUCAGACUAGCGUCGCGAAUUCUCUUCCAAAUGACUGGAAAUGAUUAUUUCCUAUCUUACGGCUUAUGCAUAAAAUACAUUCACUUGUUGAGGUUUUCAACUUUGUCCAAUUUUGUGGGCUGUAAAUUUUCUGUGUCCUAUCUGUAAUCGGGUGUCUGAGGCCUAAAGCAUCGAAGGUUUCAGCGUGCUCAGGCUUGCACCUCUGAUAUCAAUUUUGUUCCGAAUGCUGUGAACUUCUAUUUUGUGUUUUCGUGGCCUGUUUUUGUGAUGUGUGACUGCUCCUGUCACUUUCGGAAUCCGGUGUUCUUAUCAGCCCCGACUCUCCCCUUAUCCGUGGUGGCUAGAAGGCCAUGUGCGAGGAUGAAGGUGAAUACAGUGAAGAAUUGACAACUUCUCUAUAUGUAACUUGAAGUUGCAAAAUAACAAUAACGCCAAGAUUUGGCUUCGGC